AUGUGUGGGAAAGUUGCGACGAAGUUCAUCAAAGACCCGAAAUCACGCAACGCCACCUUCAACAAGAGAGAACAAGGGCUGAAGAAGAAGGCAUAUGAAUUGUCGACGCUUUGUGGGAUCGAUACAUGCAUGAUCUGCUUCAAGGAGGACGACGGCGAUGGACCGUCCAAGCCCCUGACAUGGCCUGACGAAGCGUCUGAGGUUGAACGUAUCAUCAAGCGGUACAAAAGUAUCAGUGAUGUGAAAGAGAAGCGGAAGGUCGAUCUCUCUAGCUUCUUGGAGAACAAGAAGAAGAAGAUGGAAGAUGAGCUCGUUCGCAUACGCCAAGUGAAUGAGAAAAUGCCAAUGAACCCUUGUUGGGAAGAUCGGCUAGACAACUGGCCUGAAGAUUCACUUCCGGAGCUUGCAAAUCAGCUCGAUGCGAAAAUGGAGGAUGUGAGAAAGAGAAUUGCAUUGCUUAAGGAUAACCAACGCUUUCUACAACUAACUGAAGAGGUUGAAGUUUCAAAGCUCGGGGUUCAACUCCAACCGCUUCCUAUAUCCUCUAUAAAACUUCCUGAUCAAGAUUAUACGGUGCCAGAAUUUCUUCAUAAUCCAGCAGCUUUUGAGUCCAGUUUCAUUCCAAACAUGUUGAGUGGUGGAAAAUUCAACUACAAUGCAGACGAUUUUCUUCAUAAUCCAACAGCUUUUGAGUCCAAUUUCAUGCCGAACACGUCAAGUGGGACAGAAUUCAACUACGACACCGACGAAUUUCUUCAUAAUCCAGCAGCUAUUGAUGGGAUGGAAUUCAACUACGACGCCGACGAAUUUCUUCAUAAUUCAGCAGCCAUUGAUGGGACAGAAUUCAACUACGACGCAGACGAAUUUCUUCAUUAUCCAACAGCUAUUGAUGGGACAGAAUUCAACUACGCCGAUGAAUUUCUUCAUAAUCCAGCAACUAUUGAGUCCAAUUCCAUGCCAAACACAUCGACUGGGACAGAAUUCAACGAUGAAUUUCUUCAUAAUCCAUCAGUUUUUAAUUCCAAUUUCAUGCCAAACAUGUCUAGUGGUGGAGAAUUCGACUGCGGCGCUGACGGCCUACCUUCACUACUAUUUACCAAUCUGGAUGUUGAGAUGCUUAUAAAUCCAGGAUUUGGUAUGCUGCAAAAUAACAGUGAGGGUGUUGCAUACAAUGCAUUUCAUCAGGAAGGGUGUUUUUAUGGGUCCCAGCAUUUCAGACCGUCUGAUUUCUGGCCAUCGAAUCAGCUGCCUUAUCAGACACCGUUGAUGCAUCCCUAGACAGAUCAUGUGUAUCAUGAAUUCGAUAUUCGGCUCAGGAAUGAUUGCCUGUGAAAGAUGGUGGUUUCAGAUGAAUGGAGAAACAAACAUUGCUAUUAGAAUAGGAUUUAUACAGGCCUCUGUUUGGCUCGCAUCAUUGCAAAAUGUGGAUAGCAUUUCCUGUAAAUGGUUAUUUUAUGAUGAUUAUUAUUUUUCUAAUGACUAUAGAUUUAUGA